UCCUCUCUCUCUUUGUCAUCAUUUCUCUUCAUCAUCAAUUUUGUUUGUAUCCAUUUUUUUUCUCUUCUUUUUUCUGCUCCUUCAUUUUCUCUCUCUCUCUCUUUUCUCUCUUGCUCUCGUUUAGUGAUUGUGUAUAUGUGUUGACUGUGUGUUCUAAUCUCAUCAUCUUCAUCUUUUUUCUCUUUUUCCAUCAUCAAUUUUGGCUUUUCUAUUACACCUCAAACCAGGAUCAUUUUUUGUAUUAUUCAGUUUAUUUGGAGAGAAAAAUUCGCUCGUAUUAAAUCAUCAUGAAUCCUGGAGAUUUAAUUCUUGUUACCGGUGCUUCUGGAUACGUUGCAACAAGUGUGAUUAAACAUUUACUCGAAGAAGGUUUCAAGGUUCGUGGAACAGUUAGAAACCUUUCCAAUGAAGAGAAAACGGAACCUCUUCGAAAAUUGACCAACGCCGAUAAAAACCUUGAAUUGGUUGAAAGUGAUCUACUCAAAGAAGAUACAUGGAAAGAUGCUGUCAAGGGUAGUAAAUAUGUUAUUCAUGUUGCAUCUCCGUUCCCAUCGACCAUUCCAUCGGAUCCUGAAGAACUGAUCAAACCUGCUGUAGAUGGUACACUUAAUAUACUCAAAGCUUGUGCUGAAGUUGGUGGCAUUAAACGUGUUGUCUUAACCAGUUCAAUUGUUGCUGUUUACGAUCCAUCUAUCCCUCCUCCCAAGGAACACGAAGAGGAUAAAGCUUUCAGUGAGGAAGAUUGGACCAACAUUGAGGACCCGCAUCUUGAUGUUUACGCUAAAAGUAAAGUUCUGGCUGAAAAAGCUGCAUGGGAUUUCAUCAAAGAAUUACCUGACGAGAAGAAAUUUGAAUUAGUAGCCAUAAAUCCAGGUCUUGUUUUGGGUCCUCUUUACAGUAAAGUAGUUCCCACCUCUUUGGAUUUGGUCCGUCGACUCUUGGAUCGAGCUACUCCAGCCGUGGCUAAACUCUGUUUACCCAUUUGCGAUGUUCGUGAUGUUGCUGCUGCCCACGUCAAGGCUCUCUCAGUACCUGAAGCUGCUGGACAUCGACACAUAAUUGUCACCGACUCUGUCUGGAUGAAAGAUAUCGCCAUGGUGUUACACAAAGAAUUUAAAGCUCUUGGUUAUUCCAUUCCCACCGUAGUUGCACCCAAUUUCUUUGUAUGGGUCUCUAGUUUCAUGGAUAAAACUUACAAGCUUGUCCUUCCACGACUUAGUCGAGAUUUCAAGUAUGAUACCAAAAGAAUGACCGAAGUUUUGGGCAUCACUCCAACAGAUUACGUUAAAACUAUCGUUGAUAGCGGUCAUAGUCUGAUUGAAAUGGGAGCUGUUAAAAAGCCCAAGAAAUCUAAGAAAGCCAAGGAACCUGAAAAAAUCGAUGAAAAUGAAGAUAAAGUCAACGAAGCUAAAGAUGAAAAUGGAGUUUCUAGUGAAUCAGAUUCUGCUGACAAAGCAGCUUCAACUGAAGCAUCAGCCACAGCCGCUGUAUCUUCAUAAAGAUAAUGAUGUUAGAAACACAAUCAAAGAUGCAAAAAACAAUAAUAACAAUUGAAACGCUGCGCACAAGCUACUACAAUUUUCAAUCACUUUUCAAAUUUCAACACAAAAAACACAAGCAAACAAAAAAAUAUUCAACUUUUACAUAAAGAACCUCCAAGACUCAAGAGUUUUUUUUCUAUUAUAUUAAUUAAUUUUGAAGAUAUUAACCUGUCUUCUUGAAAAAAAAAUGUUCGAUUCUCUAUUCCUGCUUUAAUAUUAAUUCCUAUUAAUCUCACAAAUAAGAUAUUCUAAUCUCUCUCUCCAGUCAUUUCUAAAUGUUUCUACAAUUCAAUCAUUCUAUUAUUACAAAACUUUUCUACUUGUCGAAUUUGUUUCCCAUUUUUACCAAUUCUUUUUUUUACUCACCAUUAUAACAAUAUUCAUCUCUCUUGACAGCUCCAAAUCCAAUGAUUCCAUAAAACGGAAAAGGAAACUCAGCACAAUUAUACUUGGAAAUACGUUUUCCUCUUUCUCUUUUCCUCUCAUCCAUUUCUGUCUGUUUAUUUUUCAAUCGCUUAUGAUUAACAAAACUAUUAACUUUCUAUGUUAAUAAAUGCAUCUCUCUCCCACCAUAA